AUGGUGGAGUUAGUACAAAGACAUCAAGUUGAAAACGGUUCCUUUAAGAAUGGGACCUUUUCUGAGCUCCAAACCAUGAUGGAGGAGAGGGCUCCAGGUUGUGGUGUGCAGGUUGAACCGCAUAUCCGUAGCAGACACAAGAAGUUAAAGAAGGACUUUCAUGCAGUACACUUGCUGAAAAAAUCAGAGUGGUUGUGGGUGGGAUGUUUCAACCUCUACUCCAACACUAGAUGA